AAAACACACACACACAUUCAAACAAUCGACAGCAAAGCCUAGAUCUUUAAAAAGCUUAAUUAGAGCCUUAUUCUGUUGAAUUAAAUUAAUUUAUUAUUCUGUAAAAAGUCAACAAAAAGCCGAACAAAAUGUUUGAAGCACGUUUAGUCAGUUCAGGAACACUCAAAAAAGUCCUCGAUUCCAUUAAAGAUUUACUCAAUGAAGCUAUUUUCGACUGCUCUGACUCUGGUAUUCAGCUGCAAGCUAUGGACAACUCUCAUGUCUCAUUAGUAUCACUCAACUUACGAUCUGAUGGCUUCGAUAAAUACAGAUGCGAUCGUAACUUAUCUUUAGGAAUGAAUCUUGCUAAUAUGGCUAAAAUCCUUAAAUGUGCUAACAAUAAUGAUACAGUGACAAUCAAAGCUCAAGAUAAUGCCGAUACGGUUACAUUCAUGUUCGAGUCACAGAAUCAGGAAAAGAUGUCCGAUUAUGAGAUGAAGCUUAUGAAUUUAGACCAGGAGCACUUGGGAAUUCCAGAGACUGAUUAUGCAUGCGUUGUUCGUAUGCCAGCACAUGAAUUUGCUCGUAUUUGUCGUGAUUUGACUCAAUUUGGUGACUCAGUGACAGUAAUGUGUACAAAGGAAGGCGUCCGUUUCUCAUCAAGUGGAGAUUCAGGAACAGCAAACAUUAAGCUUUCCCAAACAUCAUCAGUAGAUAAGGAAGAUGAAGCUGUGACAAUUGAAAUGCAAGAGCCUGUAUCUUUAACAUUUGCAUGUCAGUAUUUAAAUUCCUUUACAAAAGCAACACCAUUAUCAGCACAAGUGUGUUUGAGCAUGUCUCCGGAUGUACCUUUAGUAGUUGAAUAUCAGAUUCCAGACUUGGGAUACAUCCGUUACUACCUCGCUCCAAAGAUUGAAGAUGAUGAUAAUUAAAUCGGAUUUUAAUGUUUAAGGGAACUUUUCAAGCUAUAAUUUUAAUAAUAAUUAUUAGGCACAGGUUUCGUUUCUCUCAUGGAACAAAUUGGCCGUCUUUUCCUAAUUUCUAUUAUCUCCUCUUUUUAAUUCUUUCAACAUAAUCACAAUUGGUC